AUGAUGCUUAAACAGUUGAUACAUCAAUUUUUUUCUAAUAAAUGUCAACUAACACAUCUUCGACUUGAUAUUGCUGAUAAUAAUUCUUCUGUUAAUAUUCAUAAAUGUUUAAUACUAUCUUCUCAUUCUUCUGCAAGUUCAAUAUCUAAUAAAAUGCAAUAUUGUUGUUUAAUGCUUUGGCAUUUGUAUGUUUGUCUUAAAUAUACGUGUUUUCUUGAAUAUUUUAUUGUGCAUAUACCUAAUAUUGAACGAUUAUUAGUCACUUUUAAACGAUGGAUGAAUUUUGAACCUCGAUCCAAGUCAAAUAUAGAAACAUUAAUAAAAUCAAAUAGAAAUUGGUUUGAAAAAAGUAAGAUGAAUUUAUUAUGA